AUGUUUUACAACAAGGCUAUCAUACCAUACUUGGUUGAUUCCCUCCAAGAAUUUGGGGCUUCUGUACCUUAUCGUAGUGUGAUCCCUGUAUCAGCAAGCAAUGAUCAAGUUGAGAAAGAACUCUACAAGCUAAUGACAAUGCAAACAAGGGUCUACAUUGUGCACAUGUCAUCCUCAAUUGCCUCUACUCUCUUCACGAAGGCCAAGGAGUUAGGAAUGAUGAGUGAAAUGUAUGCAUGGAUUUUAACAGAUGGGAUUGCGAAUAUCGUUAACUCACUCAACCCUCCAAUUCUUGAUUCAAUGAAUGGUGCACUGGGUGUCAAAUUUUAUGUGCCUAAAUCAAAGAAACUUGAUGACUUCACUGCAAGAUGGGACAAGAGAUUCAAACAGGACAACCCAAAUGAUCCGUCAGCUCAGUUAGGCACCUUUGGACUCUGGGGUUAUGAUACUAUUUGGGCAUUGGCACAAGCAACAGAAAAGGUUAACAUGGACGAUGCCAUAUUUAAGCAGCAGGACAAGAAGCCCUCAACAUGUCUUGGAACUCUGGGUGUCUUUACUAUUGGUCCGAAACUCAUAGAUGCAAUCUUACAUAAUCAGUUCAGAGGCCUAAGUGGCGACUUUGACCUUAAAAACAGGCAGCUGCAACCUUCCACAUUCCAGAUAAUUAAUGUCGUUGGAAGAAGAAAAGUAUAUGUUGUGCCUAAAGGAUGGCAGAUUCCUACUAAUGGAAAGAAGCUCCGAGUAGGUGUAACAACAAGUGGAUAUCCUGAAUUUAUGAAGGUAGAAAGGGAUCCUAUCACCAAUGCAAUAACUGCUACCGGAUAUGCCAUUGAUGUAUUUGAAGAGGUGCUGAAGGUACUACCAUAUGCAAUACCUUAUGAAUAUGUAGCAUUUGAUAAUGAAGGGUCGAGCUAUAAUGAUUUUGUCUACCAAGUUCAUCUUGGGGUAUAUGAUGCGGCAAUCGGAGAUAUAACCAUCAGGUACAAUAGAACUUCCCAUGUUGACUUUACCCUACCUUACACCGAGUCUGGAGUAGCAAUGAUUGUGCCAGUGAAGGAUGACACAAAUAAGAACGCAUGGGUUUUCUUAAAGCCAUUAACUACUGAUUUGUGGCUUGGAAGCAUCGCAUUCUUCAUUUACACAGGGAUUGUCAUCUGGUUAUUGGAGCGACGAAUCAAUAAUGCUGAACUGACUGGGGAGAGGGUGGACAGUAUUUUAUCUAGAUUGGUUGUCAUUGUAUGGGUCCUUGUACUUCUCGUGAUUACGUCAAGUUAUACAGCCAAUCUAUCAUCAAUUCUCACUGUGCAACAGCUCCAACCUACAGUAACUGAUGUUCAUGAACUCAUUAGAAAAGGUGAAUAUGUAGGGUAUCAUAAUGGUUCUUAUGUGGGGGGUCUAUUAGAAGAACUUGGCUUUGACAGAAGAAAGAUCAGGGCAUACAAAACUUCAGAAGAUUUUGCUGAUGCACUAUCUAAAGGGAGCAAAAAUGGUGGUAUUGCUGCUGUCAUACAUGAAGUUCCAUACAUCAAGAUAUUUCUUGCAAAGCAUUGCAAAGGUUACACAAUGGUUGGACCAAUUUACAAAUCCGAAGGCUUUGGCUUUGUAUUCCCCAAGAGAUCCCCUAUGGUCAAUGACUUCUCCAGGAGAAUCCUCAGCAUAACAGAAGGAGAUGCCAUCAUUCAGAUAGAAAAGAAAUGGAUCGGAGAUCAACAUAUCUGUCAAAAUGAUGGUGCCAUCGCCAGCCCCAGCAGUCUAAAUUUCAGAAGCUUUUCUGGACUCUUUCUGGUCACAGGUGUUGCUUCAACUUCUGCCCUUUUUAUAGCCCUGGUGAUGUUCCUCUACAAGAAUAAACACAAGAUAAGGAACAGUAUAAGUCGAGUCCAGACUCAGGGAAGAUAUGGAUCAGCGCAUGCAAACAGACAGAAUGAAGAAAGAGAACUAGAUUGCAACCAGGCCCAGAGCAUGCAGGUGACAGUGCCAAAUGAUCUAGAAGAUGAUGCAUGCCAACAAGAGAUAGAAAUAUCCAUAGAAAUCACUAGUCCUGGUUCUGGAUUCCCAUCGAGUCCGGGCUUUGCAUCUUGCGAAACACCAAGCAGCAGUGUUUGUGCAAUGACAAGUCAGCCUAAUCCAGAAUUUUCACACCUCCAUUCUCUAGAAUUUACCAUUUGA